CUAGCGCAGCCCCGUGUCUCACGGGUCCGGUCUGUGUCUCACCACCGGCACCUUGAAGCUUGGUGUCUGCACAAACCUGCGAGCGAUCGCGAGCUAGCUGUGCUGUGUGCAUGUGCCGAGCGACGACAUGACAGUAAAUGCCGUGAUGCUGCAGCUUGUAAAGUUGUAGACAGUCGUUUCUGGGGCUUUAUUCAACAAUUUCUGACAUUUUACUGUAACCCCCAUUUUAGUGGAGCCAACGUAGUUCAGCGGAACAACCAAAAUACAGAGACUGAAGCUUUUGGUCUAGUAUUAGUAUUAGUAAAGUUGUAGCGCAAACAUGGCAAAUGCCCAAAUGGCCAUAUAAUUGGCAGGAAUUCUGCUGCUGUGGCGAUUCAAACUUAGAGCUAAUUUGGGAUUUUCCUUGACAUUCCGUGAGUGUAAAACUUGUACUUUUUUGUAGCUUGACUUGUUAUCCACCAGGAUCAGGACAAUCGACAAGGACAAGCUGACAAACAUUGCCCGGCCGUCGCGGCCCGGCACGUCGCAAACAGUCGCAAACACAGUCAUUGGAAUCCGAAUUUGGAAUUGCCACUCAAUUCGUUCCUAUUUCGCAAUACUGUGGAAAGAUAAACAUCUCCUUCAUGACACCGGUGUGGUAUUUGGUAUCGGCUGAUUUGGAAGUCAUUUCUCAAGCGGAUCCAGAGGCAGAGAGAGUAGGAACCGAGACCUAAGUUCUAGCGCGAUCUGUACAGGGGACUCAAUGGCCAGAUGUUUAUGUAUUAAGUUCGGAUAAAACAUAAAAGUGAAGUUGCGCGACAGCUGAACGCAAAAAAUUGUUGGGCUUGACCUCAUCCCAGUCCCCAAAACAAAUUUCUUGGAAUUGGAUGAUUCGGAAUUGAUGGACAGGCAGCCAGUGGUGUCAAUCAACAAAAAAUGGAGAAUCACAAUAGUAACAAUUCUAAGGAUAUUUGUGUAAGAACAGAGGAAUCUAUUCCAUCAAUUUCCCAUACAUGUUUGGACGAGAAUCCUGAGAGGACGUUCCUGGAAAAUGAAAAUGAAGAACCUUUGAUUGUGAAAGAUGAUGUUGAAAAUGGGGAAAAGGAAUCAAACUCAAGUGAUGAUAAUGUUGACCAAAAGGAGAAGCCCAAACGCUACACACGUCAUCAGAAGCUCACGUUUGCUGGCUUUGCAUUUGUGCUCACAACAGAUCUGAUGCUGUACUCUGUACUAGCUCCAUUUUAUCCAAUUGAGGCAAAAAAGAAAGGAGUCUCAACUACAGUGAGUGGCCUUGUGUUUGGUGUUUAUGCACUGAUCAGCUUUAUUGCAUCACCAAUAAUCGGCAAAUAUAUUACUGUUCUAGGCCCAAGAUUUUUAUUUUUUAGUGGAACUUUUCUUGGAGCUGGAUGCAAUCUCCUAUUUGGAGUCUUAGAUGGGAUAGAGGAUACCAAUACUUUCAUUGUGUACUGUUUUCUACUGAGGAGUGUAGAAUCCCUUGGAGCAUCAGCUUCUGUCACUGCUGGCAUGACAAUAACAGCUACAGUGUUUCCUGACAAUGUUGCCCAGAUGACUGGAUUUCUGGAGACAUUUUCAGGACUAGGCCUAAUGCUUGGGCCAGCAUUAGGAGGGGUUCUUUAUAAGAUUGGAGGUUACAAACUUCCAUUUCUUGUUCUUGGUGCUUUGGAUCUUCUUGUACUUUUUAUGACCGUCUUUAUCAUUCCAGAUAUCAAGCCAAGUGAAGUGAAACCUAAGCCUGGAUCCCUGUUAAACUUCAUGAUGAUUCCUGUUAUAUGGCCCAUGGCUUUCGCUCUCAUAAUCAGCGCGUGUGCAAUGACCUUUCUUGAUCCAACUCUAUCUUUACAUCUGGAAACGUUUGGUGUGAGCACACCUGUAGCUGGUGUAUUAUUCCUGCUAAUCGGAGGUCUCUAUGCAUUGACCAUGCCUCUGUGGGGCUACCUAUCUGAUAAAUAUGGAAGAACACGUAUAAUGGCAAUCAUUGGUUUUGUUAUGAUGGGUGCUUCCUUCUUAUUGGUUGGUCCUUCUCCAUUGCUGCAACUACCAAACUAUCUAUGGAUUGUAAUAGUAUCCCUGAGUAUAUGUGGUAUCUCCAUAGGCUGUGCCUGUAUGCCAAUCUUCCUUGAUAUGAUGGUAUCUGCAAGAUGGUAUGGCUUUCCAGAUGAUAUGGCUACCAAUGGUCUAGUGUCUGGAUUUUUCAGUGGCUGUUUUUCAUUAGGGAGUUUCUUGGGACCUGUAGUAGGAGGCAUACUGAAGGAUGAUGUUGGUUUUAACUGGGCAUCUACCUACGUUGCUGCAUCUUGCUUUGCAGUCGUUCUCGUCUUUAGUGCAUUCUGUUUAUGGGAGUACCAAUGCGGAAAAGGACGAAGGAAACCAUGGCGGUAUUUUGGAGAGCCAGAGAGAGACGAGAAUGAGAACCUGUCAGACACGGAGUCGUUACAAGGCAACCAUGUCUCCACAGUCUGCCGUGAGAAUGUCUCUGUCAAUGCCGACACCCAUACCAUCCCAACAAACAGCUAUAUAGAUGACUGUAUGGUUAGCUUGGAGAGUUGUAGAGAGAAUGGUCCCUGGAUUGAUAGGUUCUCUGAUAAAGAACCUCUUAUCAUCAAUGCAUAGAGACAUCUAAGGUCUAUUCAAAGCAACCUUAAAGCAGGUCUAGAAUUUUUUUUCGCAAAUGACAGAUUCAAAAGAAUAAUGAUCCACUUGAAUGAGACUUCCUUCUAGAAGAGUCUCGAUUCAUGAUACUUGUCAUCAGUGAAAUAAUGCAAACUGCCAUUUCCUUGAUUUUUUUGUAUAAUUUGGUAUGCCAAAUCUGUGUGUUUAGAAGGUGUUGUUGUAAUCUGCAAUGAGUGUAGACAAUCAGUGCCUAAGCAGCUGAAAGAGGGUUAAUAUUUUCCAAAAUUAGUUGAUUCCUGCCAUCUUAAAGGUUUUUUUUUUACAACUCUUGCCAUUCAUAAAUGGAGAGAACAGAAUGAUACUAUAUCACUGUGCUGCCAAAUUUGUUAUUCUGUGCAUACACAAAAUCUAAUUGAACUAUUUCCCUAUUUCAAUACCAAAGGUUGAAUCAAUCUUGUUUUCAAUUACAACUCUUCAAAGCAUGGUUCUUCAAAGAUCUAUGAAUGGUAUCAAUCAUAAGAUUGUAUGUUUUUGUCAUGAUUACAGGGCACCUUUAUUCGAUCUAAGUUUGAUAAAGGGCAAUUCUAAAUUGUCAACCUUUUUGUACAUUUUACCCACUUUUUUUUCAAUUUUUACUUUCCGUCAUGAACUGUUCAAGCCAUGAUAAAGGGAG